UUUAUUUUCAUUCAGCUUCUCGCUCGCUCGUCUUCUUGUCGUGUGCUCGUUGGAUCAGCGACUGCUCUCGGACGGACAAAGGGUCUCCUCUGAACUUUAUCUGAUUCCUUUGUAGUGCAUAUUAUUACAAAAGUACUUUAUUUCAAGAAAUAAUUACUUUUAAUCUAAUGGAUAGGGUGUAUAGGUAUUAAAAAUAAACUAGUCUAAUAGAAAGAAGCAUUGAUUACGUAAUCAAUAACAUUUAAUGUUACAUAGUUUAGUGACGAAAUCUUUUAGAGGAAAUAGUGUAUAAUUGCCAAAAAUGAACUUGAAAUAUUAUACGUGUAAGAUUUGUGUAAAACUGAUUCUUUAACGAUUUAUUGUCUUGGAAGUAUGAGCCGCCAUUUUGUAAUGCUACAAGCUAGGCGUGGCACAUGAUUGUGCAACACGUCAUCCGCACCUUUGUUGAAAUUUAACACGCAAUAUCUAAAGCAUGCCACGCAUUGAUCCAAUCCAGUUGUUGAACUGCCUUAGUGUGCUCAUGUCGCCAAAUGGUGGCAUCAAAAGCAGGGACGAAGUGCAUAGACUAGCUGGCUUAAUGACAAAGUAUUCCAAGAAGCUAGUAUCUAAGUGUAUAUACAUACAAAUACUUAAAUGUACAGAAACUGAUUUGUUAGGAUUAUUCAUGGGAUCUGGUGGCUGGAGAUUAGUACAUAUGUGGCUAACAGAGAGCAUAGUUGCUCAGAACUGGCCACUUGUUCGAGAAUUAUUAGAGUUAUUAGUAUUAUGUCCUGUUGAUAUAGAACGACUUAAAACUAAUAACUGUCCUAAGCUUGUCAAGGAGCUGUCAAAGGAUGGAAAUCAUUUUGUAAUCAGAGCUCUGGCUUCAAAACUAGUUGAACAAUGGCUCAAAACUGUCAAAGGAGAACAAGUAGUGACACUCCAAAUAUCUGACAUACCACAAAUAAUAUCUGAGGCCCAAGCAGAAUUGAAAUCAGAGGUUAUCAGUAUAGAUACUUUAGACAAUGAGGAAAAGAAAUCUCUAGAUUUAGACAACUCUGUCAUUGUUGAAAAUGGUAUCAAAGAUGAAAAAUCUGAAAUUGACUCCAUUAAUUCAGGAGAUGUCAGUACUGAACCUGUGGAAACAGAGGAAGUCAUAAGUGAAACUGACACUGUGCCUGUAUUGAAGAUUUCUAUGAAAAAUGGUAAACAGGUUGUAUCGCAAGUUGAAGAUGAUGAUAAUAAGGUGCAAGAGGAUACACCUGAAAAAGAUAAAAACAAAGAAAAACAUAGGAGUAAGAGUAAAGAUAAGUCACAUGACAAAAACAGGAGCAGUAGCUCUUCAAGAUCAUCAUCCAGUUCCUCCAAGCAUUCAAGCAAAUCAUCAAGUGAUAAACAUAAAAGUAGCAGUAAAGAUAGCUCUAGUAAACAUAGUAGUAAGGAUAAAUCAAGAGAUAAGGACCGCCAUUCAUCUCAUAGUUCCAAAUCUAAAAGCAGCAGCAGCAGCAGCUCUAGUAGUAGUAAAAAGAGUUCUAGUAAUAGUAGUAGUAGCAGUAAGUCUAAAGAUGAGAAAAGCGAAAAGAUGGUAUCUGAUAAAGAUAAGUUUAAAGAUAAAGAUGGAGAUAAAGAAAGGAAAUUAUCCAUAGAUAAAAUGGAAGAGAAAAUUUCUAGUCCCUCAAUACAGAAACUAGGUAAAAUACCUAAAUUGAGUGAUGUCAAAAAAGAAAAACCUUCAAUAUCUAUUGAAGUACGGAAACCUGAUGAACCAAAACCUAAAACUGUCAAAACCUUUCAUUCUAAAUUUAGGAACCAUGGUCUGGCAGAAGAAAUUAAACCACCACCGUCGAGGGCAGCAUUACUUAACAAGAAACCUCCUCCUGCAUUGCCUCCGACAGUAUCAAUUCCUAAGAGGCCAUCUCCUGUUCACAGUGAACCGCCACCAGAGAAAAAGCCCAAGACAGUAGAAAUUAGUGAAAAGCCUGGGGCUAUAAAAUUAAUUCCACCUAAACCUAAACCUAUGGUUCUGCAAGAGAGUGAUAUGUUCAUGGAUGCACUAAAUAAAUCGGCCACAAAUAAAAAAGAACCCAAGAAAAGAAAACGACGUAUAAGUGGAUCCAAAGAUGCGCCUAACGAAGGUUCUCCACCGCACACUCCUACAAGUCCAAACAGUGAAAGUAAAUCAGUACCUCCAAGAUUUUAUCAAGACACUCUUGAUGAAGAAGAUAAUAAAGAUAAGAGUCCUGAUAAUAAGGAUAAGAAAUCUACAGACACUAAAGAAAAUGCAGAGCCAGAUGUUUCUGAGGACAAGAAGGUCGAAGAAAAUAUGGACACCUCGGAGCCGCACACAUUAACGGUUAACGGCCUAAAGGGAGUGCUUUGUUACCACAAACGGAAAGGUCCCAAGAAAAGCAUUAGAUGGAAACCAGAUACAGAACUGGAAGAAAUUCAAUACUUUGAACUUGAUGAAACUGAAAGAGUUAACGUAACAAAGACGUUUACUGACAUGAAGCAUCUAGAAAGAAUUCACGAAAGAGAAGCUUUCCAAAAAGCUAGGAAUCUCAUUAAUGAUGACGUAAUGGAAGAACGGACUACUUGGAGGCCGUUAAUACCAGUCGAUACUGAAGGCCAAGUCCACAUAGAAUAUGGUAAAAACAGCAAAGAAAAAGAUAUACAAGCCAUUCGACAAAAGGGCACACUGCAGCCUCUUUACUUCCCUAAAGCCAUGAUACCAGACUCACCCCAUGAACCAGACCCUGAGACUCAUACAUAUUCUGAACCCAUAGUUAUACCCCUAGAGGAUGCCACUGGAAAUCAAGACAAUAUAAGUGAUUUUAGAAAUAUGCCAUGGCCAGAACCAAAAGGUAAUGCACCUCCCGCAAACAGCAGCAGUAUGAACGUGCCGGCGAUGUUCCCCACAAGCAUGUCGCAAUUCCCGAAUAACUUCCCUCCUGCGCAAUUUGCUGGCGUGCCAGGUUUUCCACCAGGACAACCGAUGAUGCCUGGAGAUUGGCCGAAUGGAGUUCCUACUAUAAUGCCUAAUGGUAUGCCAGGUCCCAUGACAGCACCAGGUAUGGCACCAGGCCCUAUGGGUCCUGGCCCCAUGGUGCCAGGCCAAAUGGUAUCGGGCCCUAUUCCUCCAGGAAAUAUGCCCCCCGGAAUGAUGGUACCGCCAGAAAAUAUGAUGAUGGGUCCGGAAAUGUUUGUGGGACCCAAUAUGUUCCCUGUUCCACCAGAUGGAUUUAACAUGCCACAAAACAUGUUUCCUCCCGUUGACUUCAAUAUGGUUGGGCCUCCCGGGCCUGGCCCAGAUGGAUUCGCUGGUCCUGGAAACUUCAGAGGUGCUAUGCGGGGUCGUGGCGCUGGCAGUUGGAGAGGCAAGCAAUCUGGUAGUUGGGAGGGACCGCCGAGAGGCCGGGGAGGGCGCGGUGGAGGCGGUCGUAAAACAGUUUGUAUAUACUUUCAAAGGAAGGGCUCGUGCCGGCAAGGUGACAAUUGCACUUUUUUACAUCCUGGUGUCAACUGUCCAUAUUAAAGUUCAAGAAUGAUAUCUAUAUAAAUGUAAAUACAAAGAGACUAUUAUAUUAAACUGGGUGUUAUAAUAAUAUAUGAGAUAAUAUAAUACCUUGUUCCAAAAGACUGCUUAGUGUAAAUAGUUAAUAAUUUGUAUAUACUGUAAAGAUUGUUAAUAAACUUAAAAAUAGUUCAAAUAAAUUGAAGUUUUUCAUGA